UGACCGGCUAAACCGGUAAGGCGUUCGGACUGGUUCCUUGGAUUAGCCGCGGCCUAAUCGCUGUUUACCGGUCAAGGCCCUGGCUGGACCGGUUCCCUGGCUUGGAGAACCGGGACUGCCGGUUGCCCUGAAGGGGCGGCUCCCUCCCCGAGCGGUUCGCUCUGCGGCGUCCGCCCCGGCUCGGAUCGGCCGGCGUGACUUCCCGAUGAUUCGAUCUUUUCUCUCCCACCCCUCUCCGGUUUUAUCACCCGCUCCGUGGCGAAUCGAGAACCCUCUCCUCGUGGGAUCGAAUUCUCUCCCCACCCCUCUCUGGUUUCUCCCUGUCGUCUCCUCCCUGCUCCUGUUGGUACGGAGAGAUUGAUGAUUCGAGAGCGGUUCAAAGAACCGAUCGGCGGGGCAACUCCAGUGUUGGAAGAACAACAAAACACGGAGGUCUCUGAUUCUUCGGUGUUUGCUUAAGAAGAUGGAGGAAGGGUUUAAGAAUUGGGGGACAAAGACAUGAUUGACGAUUUAUGCUUGCAAUUUUUUUUGCUUUUGAGAUGAUCCAAGUGCUCGAUUAAAUAUAACUAUUUUGAGAUGACUGGGUUGUCUAGUGUUCCUAUUUCCGACAUAGAUUGCUACGUUAUGCCCGACGUAUCCAGAUCCUGAAAUCAGUCCCUGCUUCCACAAAAAGAAUUGGUGUUCAAGCUUGUUAUAUAUUCAGGUACGUUUCGAAUUAGAUUGGUUGCUUUUAAUAGACUGAUGAUUGUGAUUGGUGAAACAAUGGGGUGAACAUUCCUUAUUUUUCCUCCUUUACAUACAAUUCUUAAAUUGUACAUUACAAAUCAUGUGUUCUGCUAUUGAAGGACUUAAGUUGGGAUCUUUGGUUUGAUUUUGUUGAGGUAUCAAUAUCUCUCUUGUAUAUGUAUAUGUACACCCAUCUUUGUUGAUCUUUAUAACUUCUUGAGUUAGUCAUUUUGAAAUUUGACUUCUCUAGCUUGCAGGGUAUUUGAGCAUUAUUGACAUCAUUGUUCUUCUUUCAUCUUGAAGAGAAGGUGUGUUUUCUUCAUCCAGCUUAUAGCUGGUUUAGUUUUUUAUAUUGCUUGAACUAUUGUUGGUCAUUCCUGCUGGAAUUGGUAGCAAAACGUGUAGGAUCAGUUUUUCAGGCUUUUAGAUGAUGAUGAUACUCUGAUAGUUCAAAGAAAAAUGAUCAAGUUUCUCUUUUAUGUCAUGUUUAUGUUCUUACAUUUUAUUACUCUAUGCAUUGGGUCUUGAAGAUUGCGUUUUUUAAGGUUAAUGUCCUAUCUUGUUCUUGUGGAGCAACUUGCCUUUGUUCCUCUUUGUUCAGUUUCAUCCUUAUAAUCUGUAUUAAGUUUGUGGGUAGCUCCGAGUUACAUUGUGGAAACAAAAGACGUUCUUUUGCUACAAACACCUUUAAGUAGUUUGUAUCUAGGAUUUUAGUUUUAUGAUACACAUGGUGGUCGGUAACUUGUUGACAUAAAUUGUCUUAGCUGGCACUCUUUCGAGUAAGGUUUCUGCCGACUGGAACAAACACUAUGCUUCCUAGGUGUAUAAGCAAAUCCUUUGGACAGUGUGAAGUUCCAUACUGGUGUUGUUCUGUAAUGGUACAUGUUGGCAGGCAUCUGCAACGCUUUUCUAUUGUUUUUUCCUAAACUUCUUUCCUCCAACAAAAUAUGUGGUUUCUUCUGAUUUGGUAACGCUAAUAAUAUUUGUUGAAUUGUCAUCUAGCGCUCGGAUCCACAAUGUGGGUAGUUAUGAGCCUAUGUUACUGGUUGACAAAAACGUAGACAAAUAUAGUGCCUUUCUGGCAAACAUGAAGUGAUAUACAAGUGUUUUAUCAAAUGAACAAUUUAGAAUGUAGAACAACAAUAAUAGCAAAGCCAUAAGGUCUAACUAUUUGAGGUUGGCUACAUGGAUCAUUUAACACCAUUGAGACUUGUAAAAAGCUAUAUGUUAAGUUCAGAGUCCUUAGAACGCGAUUUAUAGUUUAUAUUAAAGUUUUUCUAGGUCCUCAUCUAUUUUUUCUUAUACCACUAAUAUUAAUUAUUUUUUUUCUUCUGACUAUUACAUUCGGAGGUCUUCUAGGCACAUGCUCAUAUCAUCUUAAACGAUUUUCUCUCAAAUUAUCCUCUAUCGAAGUGAUAUCUAGUUGUUUACAAAUACAAAUAUUUCUUUUCUUAUCUUUCCUAGUAACUCUACACAUUCAUCUCAACAUCACAAACAUUUUGCAUAUAUUGUUUUUUAACUGUCCAACACUCGUAUACAUAAAGUUUAGAACGUAGAAAAGACACAUAAAUUGAUAUUAUUGAUAACUAAUAUGCAAUACAUUAUAUCUAGUGGUUUUUUUUUUAAAGCUUAAAGUGGGCAUAUUGUGAUGGACUUGUGAUUUGGUAUUGGCUUAUUACUGAACUGAUUUGUCCAGUGCUCUCAUUGACUUAUUGUGAACUCUACCACUGUCAAUUUUUAUCAGAAUCAUGAGAAUCAAGUUGGACUUCAUAUGGCACGUUUAGAUGAGGGUAAUUGAUUGUGUCAAGAAUUUAGGGUAAUAUUCCAAUUAGGAGCCACAGAAUAAUGCAGUUAUGUAAAUUUGCCCCUUUUUUGUUUAUUAAACUGGCUUCCAAUCUUUUUAGAACAAUUUUCCUGCAUUUUCUUCUUAGAUCAAUUUUCCUGCCUUUUAUAGUCUGAAUAAUAGGCUCUAUUCUAUUCUGAAAUAGAACCUUUAGAGAGAGAGAGAGAGAGAGAGUUGGAAGUCAGUGAUCUUGAUGUUAGAGAUUCUAAGAGCUGAUAGUUCUUUUAUAUAAUCAUGAACUUUCAAUUCACCUGUUAGCCGGCCCAUCACUGACAUCAAGGUACCAGCAGUUCCCUUGAGGAUAGUGAGGGUGUUAUCCAAACCAUUCGUGGUGCAGUGUGUAUGGUAUUGCCUUGUUAACUGAAGCAUAAAGAAUCACAAGUGGAUGGAUAAGAACCAACAAAGACGUGGGCAAGGUUGCAUGAUAAUUUCUCAAUUCACUCAUUGUUCUUCUUUUUGCUUUUGCAUAGUAAUUUCUUAUAUCUUCUUGUUUGACUAACAAGUCUCUUUGAGGUGGAGUGAACUAGUUGUUAUCAGAACCAAUCAUCCUGAAAUGAUGCACUUGAUUACAUCUUCAUCAAAAAUAAGUAAACCACGGUAGCUGAUGGUGAUGCUGGAUAGUUUGAUACUGUUAACCGUGGAAGCUGCAUCAUAACUAUCAUUUGCUGGGCUGGGGCUGCACUUAUAUCUCUGAGGAAGAUUGAUUAAUUCCUUAAAUGUGCUGACGAGGCUGGAAAGCUUGAGCAAGCGAUUGAUGUAUCCACACUUACAUGUUGGUUUUGUUUUCAUAAUUGGAAAAUGCAAUUUACUUUUAUGUGCAGGAAAGCAAGACUGGAAAUCGUGUGCACCAAUUAUUGCCUGCUUCCCAUCAUCUGGGCAUUUCGCAACACAAUUUCUCUUAUGGAUUUUGCAGUUCCGAUCCCAAAUCACCAUUAGCCAGGAAAACUACUGCAUCCAAGGUGAGAUCCAACUCGUACUGGUGAACCACUGCAAAGACGGCGUGUGGCCUGGAGUACUCGGCAGUGCCGGCCACAACUCCCCGGAGGGUGGUGGCUUCCAUCUGGGCGUCGGCCAGGAGACAGUCCUGGACGUGCCGAGUGGAUGGUCGGGGAGAAUCUGGGGUAGGCAGGGUUGCUGCUUCGAUGAAAACGGGAAAGGAAGCUGCGACAGUGGCGACUGCGGCGGCCUGCUGCGCUGCAACGGUACUGGAGGCACACCGCCGGCGACCGUGGUCGAGAUGACGUUGGGGACCCACCGGUCUCCUCUCCAUUUCUAUGACGUGAGUUUAGUGGAGGGCUUCAAUCUUCCGGUCACGAUCGCUCCGGUUGGCGGAGGGAAGGGAUGCGGCGGCGUGGCGGGCUGCCAGGUGGACUUGAACACAUGCUGCCCUUCCAGGUUCGAGGUGAAGCAGAAGGGGAAGGUGGUGGGAUGCAAGAGCGCGUGCUUGGCCCUGAAGACGGACAAGUAUUGCUGCACCGGGGAGUAUGGCUCGCCGGAGCGCUGCAAGCCCACCCUCUUCUCCCAUCUCUUCAAGUCCAUCUGUCCUCGAGCUUAUAGUUUCGCCUACGACUCUUCUUCCACUCUCAACAUGUGCAGGGCAUCGAGGUAUCUCAUUACCUUCUGCCCUUGUGCAACCUAAAUCAAAGUCACAGAUGCAUUCAGUA